AUGUCUCCCCCGGAGCUACUCGCUAAACCCGACGACCAGUCUUCUUCUGCUGACCCUGCUGCCCCGCCCCCGCAGCCGUCUCAUCAACCCUGCGAUUCUGCCUCUAGCGUCGACAAUGUCGAUUCGAAAGACCCCGCCGCCGUAGCAACCUCUGCGAAGAGUGAAGCUAAUGUCGAAGAGGGUGCGCCUCUGGCCGAGGUGCCUGCGGAGACGGUUGGCAGUGGCACUAAGGCCUCUGAUGCCUCUGCCGAGCCUCCAGAAGCUCAGCUGAAUGCGCUAUCCCUGGAAUCCGCCCCUCUCGCCUCUCAAUCCGCCGACAGGGUGCGCUCUCCGCCGCCGCCGCCCCCUCCAGCAAAGGACGAGAAAUACCUUGUACCCAAACAUAGCUAUUCCCCUGCUCCUGAGUCGCCUGUAUCCCCCGGCUUCCCGCCGCAGGACUACGAGGCUGCUGCUUUCAACGAGAAGGAUGAUGCCGCUGCGUUCGGCGAGAGGGAUGACGCUGCGGGCAAUACAACAUCCACCGGUGCAACGGAGGACUCGAGGUCUGAAAUACAGAGCAUCAUGGACCAGUUCGGCGAAGGCGGCGAAGGACCUGGCAUGGAUGAAAUCAUGUCUCCAAGAUUGGAGAAGACGAACCCGACGUUCGGUCAGCCGCAGGCCUUCCCACCCAGGAGGUCAAGCCUGCUACCACCCGAAGCCAAUCCCUCUCACGUUCAGCAGAACCUCGAGGCGCCACCUUUGUCUCCUGUUAUCCAGUCUCCAUUGCCUCCUGGCAUUUCGUCGAACACCUCGUUACCCAGUCCUGCUACCGACCAGGCUCCUAUUCCAAGCCCCGCCCCGUCGCAUCCUCACUCCAUAUACAAGCCCCCACCCCCGGAACCCGAUCCCGAGCCAGAUCUUCCUUUUGAUUUCCAUCGAUUUCUCGAACAAUUGCGCCACCGCACGGCCGACCCCGUUGCAAAGUUCCUCCGAUCGUUCUUGUAUGAAUUUGGCAAGAAGCAAUGGAUGGUCCAUGAGCAAGUCAAAAUUAUAAGCGAUUUCCUGGAAUUCAUCAGCAAGAAGAUGGCACAGUGUGAAGUCUGGCGUACAGUAUCAGAUGCCGAGUUCGAUAAUGCUAGGGAGGGGAUGGAGAAGCUGGUCAUGAAUAGGCUGUACUCUCAGACUUUCUCUCCUGCGAUACCGCCGCCAGAACCCAUGUUCGGUAAGGGCCGGAGAAGGGGGACACCGGCAGGCCCAGGGAGACGGGGCCAGCAUCAGGAAGAUGUUGAGAGGGAUGAAGUCUUGGCCCAGAAAAUCCGGAUCUACAGCUGGGUUUCAGAGGAACAUUUGGACAUCAAGCCUGUGAACGACAAGGGGAUGAAGUUCCUCAAACUCGCUCAGCAAGAACUCCUCAAGAUUAAGAACUACCGGGCUCCCCGAGACAAAGUCAUUUGCAUUCUUAACUGCUGCAAGGUCAUCUUUGGGUUCCUACGAAAUGCACAGUCGGAUCAGUCGGCAGACUCAUUCGUUCCCUUGCUUAUCUUCACCGUUCUUCGAGCGAAUCCGGAUCACCUAGUUUCAAAUGUUCAAUACAUCCUUCGGUUCCGUAAUCAAGAGAAGCUUGGGGGCGAAGCAGGCUAUUAUAUCUCAUCUUUGAUGGGUGCUAUCCAAUUCAUUGAGAACCUCGAUCGGACCAGCCUCACAAUCACCGACGAGGAAUUCGAGAAGAACGUGGAGGCGGCUGUUUCCGCAAUUGCGGAAAGGAAUUCUUUAGACGAGCAACGCCAACGACCGCAAACCCACAACCGGCAUCCAUCACCAGGAGUACACGUUUCGGAGAAAUCGUCGCUCAGUAGACCCGAGGUAACUCCAAGAAAUUCCCUAGACGCAGAGCGCGUUCCCGCGAGAGCAUCUUCGUCGCGAGGUGGAUCGAGUGCGGGCAAUGGGCAGGACGGCGAGGAAGAGAACGCAGCAGUGGCAGGGCUUCUACGCACCAUCCAGCGACCAUUGUCUACAAUAGGCCGUAUUUUCUCGGAUGACAACAUGUCCGAGAAGCCAAGUCUCUCGCAACCCGUCUCUACCCCUCAGCCAGAAAACACGCCCCGCUUGACACCCGACCACCGUAGCAGUGAAGAUGCGCGGCGGACGGCAGAGAGGAGGAACCUGGAACAGCGACAAGCCUUCAGUGCUGAAGACGCAGCCGCUAGGCAAGCAAGUGCGGAGGCUGAAGAAGCGCGCAGGAUACAGCGUCAGGAGCACCGAGUCGUGGUCGAGACGCUGGCGGGCAUGUUCCCGGACCUUGAUCGCGACGUCAUUGACGACGUUGUCAGAAUGAAGGAAGGCCGAGUCGGGCUGGCAGUUGACGCUUGCUUGUCAUUGAGCAACUGA